AUGGCCGACUACGAAGGACGUUACGACGGUAACGGAGAGGACGUCGACGGCAACUCUCCCCAGCCGCGGAGCUCUAACCACGGCGCUCUCGACGAUUACGGCGAUUCCAAAUCUCAGCAUUCUCGUGAUUACGAGAGAGAAUCUUCGAAGAGCAGAGAGAAGGAAAGAGAGAAGGGGCGUGAUAAGGAGAGGGACAGGGACAGAGACCGGGAGAGGGACAGAGAUAGGGAGAGGGAUAGGGAUAGGGGGAGAAGCAAGGAUAAGGAUAGGGAGAGAGACAGGGAUAGGGAUAGGGAUAGAGAUAGGGAUCAUGAUCGUCAUCAUCAUAGAGAUCGCCACAGGGAUCGUGAAAGGAGUGAGCGAAGGAGAGACAGGGAUGAUGAUGAUGAGGAUCACUACCGCAGCCGUGACCGUGACAGGCGGAGGGAUUAUGACAGAGACAGGGAGGAUAGGCAUAGGCGCAGGUCUCGUUCCAGGGGUAGAUCUGAGCAUAAAUCCAGAUCGAGAUCACGCUCUCGCUCACGUUCCAAAAGAAUUAGUGGUUUUGAUAUGGCGCCUCCUGCUUCUGCACUAAUACCUGGUGCUGCUGUUCCUGUGACAGGCCAGAUGCCUGGAGCUACUCCAACCAUUCCUGGGAUGUUCCCAAACAUGUUCCCUUUGGCAACUGGCCAGUUUGGAGCACUUCCUGUUAUGCCUGUACAGGCAAUGACUCAACAGGCUACUAGGCAUGCCCGGAGGGUGUAUGUUGGAGGGCUUCCCCCUACAGCAAAUGAGCAGUCGGUUGCUACAUUUUUCAGCCAUGUUAUGCAUGCUAUUGGAGGGAACACUGCUGGCCCAGGAGAUGCUGUUGUUAAUGUUUACAUCAAUCAUGAAAAAAAAUUUGCCUUUGUUGAGAUGAGAUCUGUCGAAGAGGCCAGCAAUGCAAUGGCUUUGGAUGGGAUUAUUUUUGAGGGGGCCCCUGUUAAGGUUAGGAGACCUAGUGACUACAACCCAUCUCUUGCUGCAACACUCGGUCCAAGCCAGCCCAGUCCAAAUCUCAACUUGGCUAAUGUUGGCUUAACACCUGGUUCUGCUGGUGGGCUUGAGGGCCCUGAUCGCAUUUUUGUUGGUGGUCUACCCUACUACUUUACAGAAGCCCAGAUCAAGGAGCUGCUCGAGUCUUUUGGACCUCUCCGUGGUUUUGAUUUAGUGAAAGAUAGGGAAACAGGAAACUCGAAAGGAUACGCAUUUUGUGUUUACCAAGAUCUUGCAGUUACCGACAUAGCCUGUGCAGCACUGAAUGGGAUUAAAAUGGGUGACAAGACGCUCACGGUUAGGCGUGCUAAUCAAGGUGCCAACCAGCCAAAACCUGAGCAAGAGAGUGUUCUGUUGCAUGCACAGCAGCAAAUUGCAUUACAGGUUAGUGAAUAUAUUCGUUUUUUGUUGUUGCAACAGCCUGCUUCUGCUUUGGUGGCCACCAAAGUUGUAUGUUUGACACAAGUAGUUAAUGAGGAAGAACUGAAGGAUGAUCUUGAGUAUGAAGACAUUAUGGAAGAUAUGAAGCAGGAGGGCGAGAAAUUUGGUUCUCUCGUGAGUGUCAUGAUUCCUCGUCCACGACCAGAUGGCCAACCCUCUCCUGGAGUUGGAAAGGUGUUUUUGGAGUAUGCGGACGUUGAUGGUUCUACAAAAGCCCGCACAGGGAUGCAUGGCCGUAAAUUUGGUGGGAAUUCUGUUGUGGCAGUGUUUUAUCCAGAGGACAAGUUUGCUCAGGGUGACUAUGACGCUAGUUGCUAGCCCCCUUGUAUUAACUUUAGAUUAUUAAGAUUGUCUGAACUAUUUGUUUCUUCCCAGUUAUUUGCUGUAGUGAGGUAUUUGUAGCCUAGUGUAUAACUAGGUUGAACAUGCAGUUUGGCAGAUUUACAAAAUGAAUUUGGUAAUGGUUUUAAAUUUGC